UGCAGGAAACAAACAGCCAGCCAGGAGAAGGCCAGCAUUUCCCAGCCCCUUGGGGAGCUGGAGUGGGCAGCGCCGACCGGUUCCCUGUGGUGGCAGCUUGUUCCACUGCCAGCACCUGACCCAGGCGGUGCCUUUGCCUUGGGAAGGUCGGGUGGGGUGGCAGAAGGAGAUGACCAGGGAGGCAUGUAGGCUGGGAAGGAAUUCCAGCCGGCGGCUCAAAGGCUUUCGUCUCUUGCAGCUAUGAAGCACAGGGCCUUUUGGACUGCACUAGAAUACACUUGCCGACUGCUGGGCGUCUCCACGGCAGCAGUGCUGGUUGGAGUGGGAGUGGAGACCCUGCAGUGCGGGCAGUUCCAGAGCCUGGCGGUCUACCUGCUUUUCUCAGGGGCAGCGGUUUCCAUCUGCGAAGUCUCCUUCUUUGUCAGCCUGCUCCUGGGCACGUGUAUCACCUACCAGCCGGGCUCCCUGGCACACGCCUUCUGGAAGCGAAGCACCCAGCCAGCGAGCUUCCAGAAAUUCCUGGGUUACGUGCUGCUCUCGGUAGCCUGCUUCCUGCAUCCUGUCCUGGUCUGGCACGUCACCAUCCCCGGCUCCAUGCUGGUGCUGACCGGCUUGGCCUACUUCCUGCUGAGCAAGCGGAAGAAGAGCCUGGUGCACGGGGAGGUGCGGGGGCCACUGGAGCAGUAUGUGGACCCCUGUGCCACGGCUGCCACCUCCAUGGGCUGUGGUGACACCGAGCAGACCUUCACCUUCCCCGGAGGACACCGAGAGCAGCAUGUCUCCCUGCUUGGCCACAUGAAGAGCAUCCUGAAGGGCAGCAAGGACAAGGGUGCUGGCUGGCCAGCCGAGCCCACCCCAUCCCCACCCACCACCACCCCACCUGCCCUGGCCCCAGGCAAGCAGGUACACUUCCAAGAGAAGCUGGUGAGGAUCAUCCCCUCCGUCAGCGAGAGCCCAGACGAGGCAGAGAGCGAGGCCGAGGAGACCACUUCCGACACAGCCCCAAUCCUCGGGCCCACAGAGACCCCACUCCUCGUCACGCCCCUCAGUGCCACAGGCCUGUUCUGAGCGCCUGCCCACCUCGCCCGCAGCCUGGGGCGAGUGGCAACAGCCUGCAGCUCCCCACCUGCUAGCCUGGGGCCUGGCUUCAGGCCUCGGACAUGCUCCCCCUGUGGCCCAGGCGCCACGGGAAGAGCUGACCUUUCUGGAGCAGGGCAGCCCCUGCCAGGUGGGGUCCUGGUGCCCGGGAGCCCAGGCAACCCCCCAACAACUAACGCUGCUGCCGGCUGGAGGGCAGGGCUGGCAGGUGCAGUGCCAGCUUCCGGGGCUGGCUGCAGCACUGACAUUCAGAGAGCCGUCCUGGAUACUCUCCUGCUGGGGCCAGACCAGCCUCUGGGCAAAGCCCUUCAGUUGCCAUCUUUAUUUAGUUGAACAGUUCCUGGAGCUUGAUCAGUGUGUGUUCCAAACACUGCAAACGGAUGGAAAUCAGGGCAGACAAAUCCACUUCCUAGUUUUCUGGGUAAAUAUCAGGGUUAAUCCUAGGAGGGUUGGAAGGGAUGGAAAAAGAGCAUAAAAUCGAGCCCAGACAGAGUGUGAACUGACAGCCCUUUCUUGCUGUGGUUUAUGUCGUAAUCUGUACAUCAGCUGUACAUGCACAGGUGAGUGUGUCUGUCUGUCUGUCUUUCACUCUGUUGCCUUCCUUUAACAGGCAGCCUCACAGUCACACUGCCACUAACUUACUAUUAACAGAGAGACAUCUGCUAGUGGGAUGGGUUGGAUUUUCUUAACCUAAUCAUUAUUUCCAUGUACUUGAGCGGUCCAAAAUUCAGAUGAAAAUCAGUUAAAACCAAAUAAUAUCUUUGGUAAAACCCUGGGUACCGCCCGCCCACUCGCCGUGGGAUCCUGGCAGGCUCUGGCCAUGUGUCAGUACACCCUAGCAACCGUCCGGCCCCACUCCCUGUGGGAUCCAUGCAAGCUCUUCCCCGGUGGCCUGAGCCAGACUCUGCUCAGCGUAUUUCCAGGACAGUGAAGCCUUCACUCUCAGACAUUUUCCAGCCCCUCCAUCGGCAUCUGCUCAGUGCUAGAUGGUCGUACCAGCGGAGUUGCAGCGUCUGCCCUAGCCCCCUACUCUGCUGUGUGGCUGGCCAUGGACCAUGCUCCCCAGCCAACUGGAUCUAACCCCCAGCCCUUUGGACUGCCGGCUUUCUCACAGCAGCAUUGCUGAUAAGCCACAGGGAACAGAGCCAGCCGAGGGACAUCAGAUGCCAUCUCCCAGUGCUUCCCACUGGGGCGCCUGUGGGGCCAUGUGGGAACAAGGGACACAGCACUCCCACCAGCCUGCUGUUUUCAGGAGAUGGCUUGUUGCCUGAGUCCCUGCAGCCACCCACCCCCCUCCUCCCAUGCCCUAGCAUGGCCCUGGGACAGAAUGGGGUGGGUCCAUCUUACAGCGCCAACGUCUGCCCUGCCCUGCAUCGCCAUGGGGAGAAGCACCUCCAGGGAUAGGGGGCUGAUGAUCAGGGCUCAGCCUGUGAUGGGUUUGGUCACAGAGCUCCCCUUGGGACUGUCACCUGAUGUGCUGAAAUUACCUCUGAGCUCAUUUUCCCUGCCAGCUUGGGACUCCAGAACCCUGCCUUGUUGAGCCAGACAUGCUGGCCUGCCACAGCACAGAUCCAGGGUUUGGGCCACGCUCCCAAAGCUGCAGACUUUAACUAAAAACAGCUCAACAGGUUUCCUCUCUCCAGCACCCAGACACCCAGCUCCCAAUGGAAUCCAAAUUCCAAAUAAAUCCUUUUUACUCUGUAUAAAGCUUGUACAGGGUAAAUUUGUAAAUUGUCCACACUCUAUAACACUGAUAGAGAGAUUUGCACAGCUGUUUGCUCCCCAAGUAAUUAAUCGCUUACUCUGGGUUUAUUAAUAAACAAGUGAUUUUAUUAAGUAUAAAAAGUAGGAUUUAAGUGGUUUCAAGUAAUAACAGACAGAACAAAGUAAGUCACAAAGCAAAAUAAAACAAAACACACAAAUCUAAGCCUAAUACAUUAAGAAAUUGAAUAUAGGUGAUAUCUCACCCUCGAAGAUGUUCCAAUACGCCUCUCUCACAGACUAGACCCCUUCCUAGUCUGGGCUCCAUCCUUUCCCCGGUACAGUCUUUGUUAUAUCCAGCAGGCAUCUCAGGUGGUAAGCAGGAGUUUUCUCAUGAUUGGCAGCCCCUUUUGGCCUGCUCCACCCCCUUUUAUAGCUUUGGCACAAGGCGGUAAUCUUUUGUCUGUGCUUGUCCCCACCACCGCCUCAUCAAUGGAAAAGUUCAAGGAUUAAGAUGGAUUCCAGUAUCAUGUGACAAGGUCACACGUCACUGUAAGACCCCUAGUCUCCAUUCUUCCUGGGCUGGCCCACAGGUACCCAGGAAGACUUACAGGUAAAACACACCCAUCUGCAGUCAAUUGUCCUGGUUAAUGGGAGUCAUCAAGAUUCCAAACCACCAUUAAUGGCCCACACUUUGCAUAAUUACAACAGGACCUCAGCAUUAUACUUUAUAUUUCUACCUUCAGAUACAAGAAUGAUAUAUGCUGUGACAGACCCAGACCAGUGGGGUACAGGAGUCUGGUAGAGGGCAAAUAUACUGGUCACUGGAUGAGUAGUUUUCUGUUCCCUGAGUGACCAGAGCAGGGGCUGCACUAGAGUAAUCAGGAACCUGCUAGAACCAAUUAAGGCAGACAGACUGAUUAGAACACCUGCAGCCAAUCAAGGCAGGCUAAUCAGGGCACCUGGGUUUA